GAUUAGUUGCAGAAAUCAGUUUUAAUGUACGUCCGUUGUAUAUCUGUUAAGAUUGUUAUGUAAUAUUGUAACUCUAGAGAUUAUUUGCAAAAGGAAUUUCUUUAGUUUAAAAGAUGUUAACUACUAUUUUUUUUGCUUUUACGUUUAUGACGUUACACGUUGCGGCAGAAAUACCCUCCUACAUUCAUGUGUGUGGCCGCAGAGAUCCAAAUCUUGAUCAAUGCAUCAAGAAUAACGUCGACAAUUUAAAGACUAAAUUCUGCGAUGGAAUUCCAGAAUUGGCCAUUCCGCCAGCGAAUCUUAAUAUUGAUGAACUACUAGUUGUUGACGCGCCUAAGAUCAAAGUGUAUGCUAAAGAUUCAAAGAUAACGGGAUUGUGCGACUUUACCAUAAACUCUCUUCGUACAGACCUCGACAGACUCCACUUCAAUUUUGAGGUAAUAUUUAAAGGAAUCCAAAUAAACACCACUUAUGAUCUCAACUUACACAUACUGAUGCCUAUCGCCUACAAGGGACCGAUGUAUAUUACUAUAGAUAAUACAGACGCAAAAGUAGAUAUGGACAUGAAACUGGCAACCAAAGGCGGCUACAGAUAUGUAUAUAUAUCUGAGUUCAAGAUCAAUCUCAAUGUCCAAGGCUACAGCUAUGACUUUGAAAUGAAUGAGACAGAGUCAAAAGAUUUGCAUGACAUUCUUAUAGACUUUGCAGAGAAAAAUAAAAAAGAACUUCUUAAAAUUUUUAAACCGGUUUUAGAAAAGGAGAUUUCUAAACGAGUCAUCUUGAUUUCCAAUGACAUAGUUAAACUCUUUACUUACGAGGAGCUUUUUCCUGACCGAAUCUAAACCAAAAUGUUGAAAUCCAUUAUUAUACGAUUAUUCGGUAUGUUCUAAUUGUUUGUGAUCCAUUAAAAAAAAAAUAAUUUAUACAAGGCUAUAUUUAUAAAUUGACGAUCCAAAUUUUAUUUUUGUAACAAUGAUAAUAGAUGUACAAUAGUAGCUAAAUUCAAUUGGAAGUUGAAAAUAAACAUCAUUUCUUGAUAUCUGUGAUAAUUUGAUAAAAGAAAUUCAAAUAGAUAUUGUUACGCCCGGUAUAGGCGUGUAUUAUGUUAUAAACGUCUUUUGUCUAUGAGUGGCGAUGUUCGUGUUGUUGAGGUCUGAAGCCUUGUUUUGAUGACAGACGUGUAGAAUAAACGUUGGAGUUUUUCAAAGAUUCUGCUUUAUUAUUUAUCGCACGCGAGUGCCUUUUGUGUGAGAGCGCGUGAGAGUGUUUGUGUAAUCGACGGACGUAACAAUAUGAUAUGUUAUAUAAAUUGUUCUUGAUUCAGUUUUAUUUGCAAUAAUUAUUUAUAUCUAAGACGUGAAGUAUAUAUAUAACACAUUUAAAUCUUGAAAUGGUUAAAACUGAUCUUAGUGUUCCAAUAACAAUUUCUUAGGUGAUUUACUAGUUGCUCAAAUUGCAUAUUUGUUUUUCAAAAAGUAGCUUUUAAGUUAAAGAAAAGUAAUAUCACAAUAUUAAAUUGCUAAUUAAUUUAAUAAUAUUAAUGCUAACAAGCAUUAAUCUAUUAGAUUCCUCCCUGGGAAAGUUUGUUGCAAAAAAUAUUAUCUCAGCCAAGGUUUAAAUCUGAAUAAAUAAAUAAGUUCCUUAAA